AUGAAUAGCCUGGACUCCAAAAUAGUCAUCCUCGGCUCACAAGGUGUCGGUAAAACUUCAUUUGUAGUGAGAUAUGUCCGCAAUACAUUCCAACAAGGAAACGCUUCUACCAUCGGGGCAUCAUUUCUCGCUAAAAAGGUUGUUGUUGACGAUGAUACAAUAGUCCGGCUGCAAAUUUGGGACACGGCCGGACAAGAACGGUUUCGGUCCAUGGCCCCAAUGUAUUAUCGUUCGGCCAACUGUGGUAUUAUCUGCUACGACAUCACAUCGCGCGACUCGUUUGAGGCCAUGGAGUCAUGGAUUCACGAGCUACAAAAUAAUCCACUAGUAGAUGACGAUAUUAUGAUCCAUAUAGUUGGGACCAAACUAGACUUGGUGGAUGCAGACCCUUCUCUACGGCAGGUUAAAUUUGAGGAUUGCGUCAAUUAUGCUGUUAAGCAUCUAGUUCGUCGCAAACGUAAACCCACUCGAGGUAAUCAAAGUGGCAGGGACCGGGUUUCCCAGUCUCCACAUAGGCGACAACAGCAACAACAACAACCCCAGUACCGAUCUUCGCAUUCACCUCGCCAUUACACAGAAAAUGACCACUCGCAACAGCAACUUGUCGCAGGAUCCGAUGAUUUGCUGGGUGAGCCUGACCAAAAUAGACGACAUAGUGUUACAGAUAGGAGGCAGCGGCUAAAAUCAGAAAGAUCAAUGAGUACUUCGGCACCCAGUCAAGUCUUAUCGCCCAAGUCAAACAAUCGAAGAAAUACAUUUAGUACCCAGCAUCAACAACAUCAACAGCAGCAACAACAACAACAACAACAACAACAACAACAACAACAACAACAACAACAACAACAACAAUUACAAUUACAAUCACCUUCAACCCCUUCAUUAAAACCAUAUGAGUCACCACCAAGCCAUGUGAAACCAUAUUAUUACGACUUACCAGAGCAUUUAGAAGAUAACACAACCUAUGAAGACCAAAGUGGGGGAGGAGGAGGUGAUGAGAAUGGUGUGAUUAGUGGUGGAACUAGUGGUAGUGGUGGUAGUGGGGGUAGUGGGGGUAACGGGAGUGGGUCCGGUGGAUCUGGCGAUUAUGAAGAGGACCUCGAUAGCGAUGCCAGCAGCGUUGAUGAGGCAGAACUAGACUUUGCAAUGUCAUGCUGUCACGAAAUAAGCGCCAAAGAUAAUAGGGGAGUGGAGGAGGUGUUUCAAGUCAUUACACGACGUCUUGUUGACCGGUGGCGACAGCGAAUGUACGAGUCAUAUGAGAAGGAGAAUAACAACGAUGAUAGCUCCCAGCGUCGCGUGAAUCUGGGACGAGAUAAUUUAGAGGUUUCUAACAGCGGGUGCUGCUGA